AUGGCUUGGAUCAACUAUUUGUACUGUCCAUUGGUAGUUAUCGGAGAAAUCUGGAGCUAUCUUUGUAUUCUCUACUUCUCGGGAUGGGAGAAGGUCAGUCUCUUCUUCCGUAAGAACUGCUGCUGCUGCAACAACCAACAACCGGAUGAGAUUUUGGAGGCUGGCGUCGCUUUGGCUCCAAUGGCUUCAUCGGGAGCCUCCAAGACGGAUAGAGCGGACGCGUCGGAGGGAGAGUUGCAGCCGUUCCUUGCCGCACAAGAUCAAGUCGAAGAUCACGGAACCUGUUGUGAGUCCGAGAUUUAA